GCCCGGGGCUUCGGCGGGAGCUGCGCACGGCCCGGGCGUCUCCGCCCCCGGCCGCUAGGUGAAGACGCUUCGAGAGCCGCGAGGCGCUGCCCCGAAGGACGUGCCUGCUCGUGUCUGUCAAGCCCCGGAGACCCACUCUUCGGGUCCCCGGCUGCCGACGGAGCGGAGGAGCCGGCCACGGGGCCCGGCGGCCGCGCACAGCUGGGGACCCUGAGGCCGGAAGGCGCCGCCGAGCCCCCUCAGCUGCGGGCCGGGGGGCGUGGUGAGGCGGCGCGGGUUUCAUUUUCCCGGGCCCCGGGGAGCUUUCGCUUUCGCUUCCAGCUGGCGUCUGCACCCCGCGGGAGCCGCCCGCCCAGCCCGCGUCGGCCGCCGCCGCCGCCGGGGUCCCGCCAGGCGCUCUCCGACGGGCAGCACGCCCCCGCCGCCAUGACCCAGGCCGCCGCCCUCGGCGAGGUGACCCAGGUGCUGUGCGCGGCCGGGGGCGCCUUGGAGCUGGAGGAGCUGCGGCGCCGCUUGCGGGAGGGCGUCGGCGCCGACGCGCUGGAGCGCCUGCUGCGGGAGCGCGGCCGCUUCGCGGUGGCGACGCGGGCGGGCGCGGGCGGCGUGCUGGCCACCAAGCGCGUCGUGCUGGCCGUCUCGGCGCUGCGCCUGUGCCGCGCGCACCCGAGCCCCAAGCCGGGCUGCGUGGGGCUGUGCGCGCAGCUGCACCUCUGCAAGUUCUUGGUCUACGGGGCCUGCAAGUUCACGAGGGCCGGGAAGAACUGUAGAAACAGUCACAGCUUGACGACAGAUCACAACCUGAGUGUGCUGAGAACUCACGGUGUUGACCACCUCAGCUACAGUGAGCUCUGCCAGCUUUUGUUUCAGAAUGACCCCUGGCUUUUGCCAGAGAUCUGCCUUCAUUAUAACAAAGGAGAUGGACCCUACGGCUCUUGUUCCUUUCAAAAGCAGUGUAUCAAACUCCAUAUCUGCCAGUAUUUUUUACAGGGUGAAUGCAAGUUUGGCACUAGCUGUAAGAGAUCACAUGAUAUCUCUAAUGCUGAGAAUCUGGAAAAACUGGAGAGGUUGGGCAUGAGCUCAGAUCUGGUGAGCAGGCUGCCUUCCAUUUACAGAAAUGCUCACGACAUCAAGAAUCGGAGCUCCACCACCAACAGAGGGCAUCCUCCUACCCUGGGCCCGCAGGGGACUUCUGAAAGAAGAGAUAGCUCAGGUUCUGUGUCCCCAAACACUGCUAACCAAGAGGAGAGCGAUCAGAUCUGCUUGUACCAUAUCCGGAAAAGUUGUAGCUUUCAAGAUAAGUGCAAUAAAGUUCACUUCCAUUUGCCAUAUCGAUGGCAGUUCUUGGACAGAGGCAAGUGGAAGGAUUUGGACAAAAUGGAGCUUAUUGAAGAGGCAUAUAGCAAUCCCAGGAAAGACAGGAUCCUGUGUGCUGAGUCAGCCAGCAACUUUCACUUUGAUUGUCUAGACUUUGAGUCCAUGAUGUUUGGCGCAGCCCCCGCCCGCCGCCUCUCCACGGCCUCCUCGGUUACUAAACCUCCACACUUCAUCCUCACCACUGACUGGGUUUGGUACUGGACUGAUGAGUUUGGUUCUUGGCAGGAAUAUGGACAACAAGGCAUGGAGCACCCCGUGACCACUGUCAGCAGCAGCGAUUUGGAGAAGGCCUACCUGGCGUACUGUGCCCCGGGCUCUGACGCCCAGGCAGCCGUCCUGAAGUUCCAGGCCGGAAAGCACAGAUACGAGUUAGACUUCAAAGUGUUUGUUCAGAAAAACCUGGUCUAUGGCACAGUCAGAAAGGUUUGCCGGCGACCCAGAUACGUGUCCCCGCAGGAGGUGAAGGUGAAGCAAGCCUGCAGUGUCAAGUUUCAAGGCCCAAAGAGCAUCCCAGACCAUUGGGACCCCUCGGCCCUGCCAGACCCUGGCUUUAAGAAGAUUACCCUCAGUUCUUCAUCAGACGAGUAUCAAAAGGUCUGGAACCUAUUCAACCGUACGCUGCCUUUUUACUUUGUUCAGAAGAUUGAGCGAGUCCAGAAUCUGGCCCUCUGGGAAGUCUACCAGUGGCAAAAAGGCCAGAUGCAGAAGAGAAAUGGAGGGAAGGUGGUCGAUGAGCGGCAGCUCUUCCACGGCACCAGUGCGAAUUUCGUUGAUGCCAUCUGCCAGCAGAACUUCGACUGGCGGGUCUGUGGUCUUCAUGGUACUUCCUAUGGCAAGGGGAGCUACUUUGCCCGGGAUGCCGCGUACUCCCACCACUACAGCAAAUCUGACACCAAGUCCCACACGAUGUUCCUGGCCCGGGUGCUGGUGGGGGAGUUCAUCCGAGGCAAUGCCUCCUUCGUCCGUCCCCCAGCCAAGGAGGGCCUUGGCAGUGUCUUCUACGACAGCUGCGUGAACAGCAUGUCCGACCCGUCCAUCUUCGUGGUCUUCGAGAAGCACCAGGUCUACCCGGAGUACGUGAUUCAGUAUACCGGCUCCACCAAGCCCACGGCUGGUGCCUCCGCCCUCUUCUCCUUGGCGUCUUUCUUUGGGGGCCGGCAGUGAACCUGCGAGGAUGUUUUUAAUGCCUUUCAGGCGUGGCUUCCUUGGAGUAGCUAUUUGGGAAGGUGUUUUUUUUUUUUUUAAACAAAAACUUUUAAUGAACUGUUCAUUUAAUGUUGACUUCCUGAUGAAGUUAUAUUCUUAAUCUCUCACUGAUAACGGUUUUCAGUUUUAAGCCACUUUUGGGGUCAUUAGUAGAUCAUUAGUAGACUAACCAGAAGUGACUAUAGGUGGGCCCGUUACUGCCUUUUACUAGUCUGUUAAAGUUUUAUUAUUUACGCUCUCUGUUGACUCUGUGACCGAUGGGCACCAGGCACAGAGUUUCUAGAUACUAUUUUAUGGAUUGAUUUUAAAUUUAAGUUCUGCAGUGAGUCAUUUGGUUUUUCAGGGUCUCAGUGGCAUCUUGUUUAAUUUUUUGUCAAAAUGAUGCAGUAGCCAUCGGUGCAGGAGGCCGUCACUGUCUGUUGCUCUGGUUCUAAUCCAGGCACCUCUCCUUCCGGGCUUCUGGCCUUGGAGUCGGCCCAUCCGUCACAGUGUUAGAGCAAGUGGCUACUGUGUGGCAUCACUGGGGCCCCGUCAGCUUCCCUUUGUCCUGGUGGGGUCUGCAUCACUCAGUGGAAGGUGACAGGGAUGGGUGACCGCCCCCAAGGACCCCCGGGGCUCUGCCCACAAAGGCCCAUUCCCAUAUCUGAGCACACUGGACACCCUCCGAAUGUGGGUUUUCUGUUCCUGUGAGAUUUGAAUACCUGAGCUGCAAAUGUCACAGUGGAGCAUGGAAAUAAAAGAAUAUUUAUCUGAA